CAACAAUGGCAUAUUUCAAUCUUUCUUGCUUGUAGUCGUAGAUGUGAAUCUCUCUCCAUUUUCGUGAUAUUCGAAGGUGUUUGGUAAUCUCCAGAAAUGGGUUCUUCUUCAGAAACGGAAAGCGAAAGCAGAGGUAUUCAAAACCCAGAUUGGGAAACAGAGUUUAAUGGAUUCGAAAAUGCGAUUUCGUCUGGUUCGGCUCCAAUUCGUGUAAGAUCCAUUCUAAAGUUAUCAGAUUUAGCGAGUCGGGUACCGGAGAGUUAUAUAACCCGUGUAAUUCCGAUCCUCGCCGGUCUUCUUCGUGUCUCCGAUGAUCCCAAUCGUUCCGUUCAAGCUGCCGCCGCGCAUUGCUUGAAACGUAUCGCCUGUUGCGGCGGUGGUGAGGGUGGGUUUGCGGUUACGAUGGGGAGGUGUGGUGUGAUUGCUAGCUUGCUAGGGUUGUUACUUGAGGCGAAUAGUAAUAACGGCAGUGUGUUACGGAGGAUUUGGGUGAAAUGUUUGUGGAGCUUAGUUACUUUUGGAUCGUCGAUUCGAAUUGGUUUGGCUAGGUUAGGUGGUUUAGAGAUUGUGAUUCGUGAGUUGAAUAAUUGGGAAGAUGAUGCAAGUAAAUGGUACUUGUUAGAGAUCCUUAGUGCUUUGACGACGAUAAGAGAGAGCAGACGCGUUCUUGUUCAUUCAGGAGGGCUUAAGUUUCUUGUAGAAGCUGCUAAAGUUGGGAACUUGGCGUCGAGAGAGAGAGCUUGUCAUGCAAUCGGAUUGAUCGGUGUUACUAGACGAGCUAGGCGAAUACUGGUUGAAGCAGGAGUGAUUCCAGCACUUGUGGAUCUAUAUCGAGAUGGGGAUGAUAAGGCAAAGCUUUUAGCUGGUAAUGCCUUAGGGAUCAUAUCUGCUCAGACUGAGUAUAUUAGGCCUGUUACUGAAGCUGGUUCCAUUCCUUUGUACGUCGAGCUUCUCUCGGGACAAGAUCCCAUGGGGAAAGAUAUUGCAGAGGAUGUGUUCUGUAUAUUAGCUGUAGCUGAGGGUAAUGCUGUUUUGAUAGCGCAGCAACUGGUGAGGAUCUUGAGAGAAGGCGAUAACGAAGCCAAGUUGGCAGCUUCUGAUGUGCUAUGGGAUCUUGCGGGUUAUAGGCAUUCUGUAUCUGUAAUUAGAGAGUCUGGCGCAAUUCCUUUACUGAUCGAGCUUUUGAGAGAUGGAUCCCUUGAGUUCAGAGAGAGGAUAUCUGGAGCUAUUUCUCAGUUGAGUUACAAUGAGAAUGACCGUGAGGCCUUUUCUGAUUCGGGUAUGAUACCGAUUCUGAUUGAAUGGUUAGGCGAUGAGUCGGAAGAGCUCAGGGAUAACGCAGCUGAGGCACUUAUUAAUUUUUCUGAAGACCAAGAGCAUUAUGCUAGAGUGCGUGAGGCAAUAGGCCAUCCUGUGUUUCAGAGUAUGCAGAGCAGACUGGCUAGAAUCAGAGCUUCCCAUGAACUGAUGGUUCGAUCAAUGCGUAGGGUUACAAUUGAACAUCUUGCCCGGGAUCCAGAUCUUCUUUGAUAUGAUGAGGAAAAACUAGCUUUCCAUCUGUUUUGAUGUAUGUUUAUAAUCUGACUUGGAAAAAUAGGACUCAAAUGUUGUUUGAUUUGCAAUUUUGUUUUUGAUACGUUUGUACACAUGUACUAAAAGAUAUCAAACUUUUGAAUGGAUUUGGAAUCUA